GUACCUGGUGCCAAAUGACAGCAUGUUUGGUGACCUCCUCGAUAACGGCACCAUCACAGGACAAGUGGCACUCCUCAACCGCUCUGAGGCAGAUCUGUCGGGGUUGCUCUCCAUUACCAGCGGCCGGGUGGGUGUGGUGGACUUCAGCGAACCACUCUUUGUGGACGAGUUCAUUAUAGCGCAUCUACGGCCAGUCAUCGGUUCGGACAUGGCUGGUUUCGUAAAGCCCUUUAACCACUGGAUGUGGGUCCUGGUGUUCCUAAGUAUCAUCGCGAUCUUCGUCGCCAUCUUCCUCACGCUCUGGGGACACUGCACCUUCAUUCCACUGACAAGAGGUCCAGUUGUUGAGGAUACUGAUGGUGAUUUUGUGUGGUACGCUGAGAGGUCUUUCAUGUGGACUGUGGCCAUUUUGCUGUGUCAGAGUCUCCCGAAUGAGCCGAAGAGCGUGUCGGUGCGUGUGGUGGUGGGUCUGUGGCUGCUGGUGUCGUUUAUCCUGGGUAGUGUCUAUCGCUCCAACCUCAAGGCCAUGUUGAUUCUGCCCAAGAUCGUCCUGCCCUUUGACAACCUGGCCGAACUACGCGACUCUCAGAUACCUCUUUUUGUCACGGAGUCUACCCAUAUUCAUCGAGCAAUUGUAGAAGCCAACGUUAACAGCUCCUUGGCCCAGGUGAGAGGUCAGACCUACUGGCACGUAGACCAAAAUAAAGCCAUCGCGGACUUGUAUGCUGGCCGCCACGCCGCCGCCGCAAUAGGAGCUUCGGCAAAGUCCAUCACCCAUUCUUACUUCUCCAAGACAGGUCAUUGUAACGUAUACGUGAUGUCGGGUGACGUUCUUCCGGGAAUCAGCCAGUCUCUCGCUUUCCCCAAGGGGUCAACACUCAAGCCUAAAGUCGAUAAUGUCAUUCGUAGGCUGAAGGAGUCGGGUAUUCUGGAUUACCUCUUCCUGCAGUCUGUCUUCAAUUCCACCGAGUGUCUCAAGCCCUUCAAUACCGCCGCCGUCACCUCCAGUGAUCUCCGCAGCCUCGAUUUAGGAGACUUUUACGGCGUCCUCUCCCUCUAUGCUGCGGGUAUCGUGGUAGCGGGGUUGACCUUCGUGCUGGAGAAGCUGUUGGGUCGCGGGAGACAGUAGGGGUAGGUGGAUGUUGGUGCGGUCAGCUGGUUAACAUUGACCUACCACAUGUCUCUUGUCUCAGAUGGUUGACACUCGUCUGCCCUCACCAAUCACUGACACGGAGACCUGUGAAGCAGCUUAGUUUGUUGUCCUGAUAUAAAUACAUUAUUAUUAUUAUUAUUAUUAUUAUUAUUAUUAUUAUUAUUAUUAUUAUUAUUAUUAUUAUUA